UGUUUCUUAAACCCUUAAACCCUACUUUCCUGCCCCGGCACCAAGUCUGCAAUACCACACCACACGGAAGGGCGAAGAAAAGAGAAUACUGUAUUCUUUCUCCUGAAGAAAAACAGGUAAAGUGAAGAUGCGUUCGAUUACAUAUUUUCUUCUUCGCAGAACCAUUCGCUUCUCCGGUGCUCAUACUCUCAAACCCAAACAACACCAUUUCUUCUCCUCUCUGGUCUCUUCUUUUUCAUCAACUAUUUCAUCUUCGUGUAUGUUGCCGACAAAGCUCUCUCAUAAUUCCUUAAGGUCGUCCCUCUUCCUCCCAUUUCGCUUCGCGUCGACUGCCACCAAAAGGAUCGGAGCCGACGAAAACCUCACACGAGUCCUUGAAUCCGAAAUUGAAUGCGCCGAGAACCCGGUCGAUGAUUUUCAGGGGGGUUAUUUGCCUGAUGGGUUCCCAUUUGAGAUCAUCGACAACCCAGGGGAACAGACUAUCACCUUAAAGAGAGAAUUUUCUGGAGAGAGCAUCCAAGUUGAAGUUCAUAUGCCAGACAUGACUGGAGAAGAAGAUGAUGAUAAUGAGGAUGAAAGCAAUGAGGAUGAAAAUGAUGAGAGUUCAAGCCAGACAAACAUUUCUCUGAUUGUCACCAUUGCAAAAGGAGAAGGCCCCAUAUUGGAAUUCUCUUGCACUGCCUAUCCAGAUGAAAUCACCAUAGAUAGCAUGCUAAUGAAGAAUCCUGAGGCUUCAUCUAAUCAGAUUGCAUAUGAGGGGCCACAGUUUAUGGAUUUGGAUGAGAAUUUGCAAAAAGCUUUGUACAAGUACCUAGAAGUUAGAGGGAUCAGAAGCUCCUUGACGAAUUUCUUGCAAGAAUACAUGAUCAACAAGGAUAACAGAGAGUAUUUAGGGUGGUUGAAGAACAUGAAGGGUUUCAUUGAGAAGUGAGUUUUCAGGCUUUCAUUUGAUUGAGGAGCAGGAACCAUAUUUUUCCAUAUUAGUACGUUUUUUUUUUUGCAUUUCUUUCUUGAUUAAUUAGGAAGUAGCCUUUUAUUAUUACUCUUGGGUUCAGUAAGGAAACGCCAAAUGCAAAUUAAAUGUUAUUUUCUUUGUGAGCAGAAGCUGUAAAUUGAAUUUGGUCUGGUUAUUUCUUGUUCAGUUUCCUUCAGAACAACUCAAAUCUACACGAAUAAGUAGAAUGGGUAAAAGGUUGGAAAUAGCGGUUGUAAAUUGGUUGCAGACCAGGAUGUGUCCGCACCAAACUGGCUUGGAUUGCCCCAAGUCAGCAUGUCCAUGAUUUGUUCAAAUUUCAAUUUGGUGCA